AUCCAUUUGAUUUAUAAGGCUCUCAAUCAAGCAUAAUUCAUUGAUAAAGUAUUUCUUCAACAUAAAUCUCGACGUCCUUCAUCUAGUCGGGAAGUAUAUGUUGGUGAGACUAAGCCUCACGAAGCAUCAUCGAAGAAACAAUGAAGUGGCAUCGCAGCAUGGAUGAUGAAAGAAUAAGAAUGGAAAGCAACAACAAAAAGAAGAACAAAAACCUUAUUAGCCGCAACAUAAGUGAAGCCGGUGGGAAUGGGAUUGUUGGUCUUGCGUUGGCAGUCGUAGGUUUUAUAGCUGUUGCGUCUUUAUCAAUCAACAAAAACAGGAAAAAGCAUAAUGCGUCAAAUCCUAAACCUACAUUGGAGAAAAGCUGCGAGAACCUAGAAAAUAACGAAAUUGAAACCAAUCAAGGUCUUCACGUUUUUCUUCAUCUUUCAAGUUCAACAACCACAACCAAUGACGGAGAUGCUGCAUCAUGUCACGAGACAACCGAUACAAAAAGCAUCAACGACACUUUUAUUCUGGAGGAGAAAAUUGAUACUGUCCCUGACACUAACAUCAUCAAUGAAGUGGUCUCUGCAACCUCAGUUAAUCAUCAAGAAAUUGUGCUCUCCGAUGAUUCAUACUCGGAAAGUGCCACCUCAACACAAGAUAGUGGUACUGGUGGGAUUGAUGAAAAUAGCCAUGAUUCUGAAUCACAAAAUGUGGAACUGGAAAUUCAUGAGAACCUGCAAUCUAUAGAAGCAGAAACGGUGAAUGAUGAUGCUGUUGUUUCAGAGCCAGAUUUCGAUUCUAAGGAUGAGGAAGAGAAGAUCGAAAUGCAGCAGAACGAAGAACAUGUAGCAGGGAAAACAGAGAGCGAAGUCACCAAGGAGACUGAGAGUGUUGAAACUGAAAUAACUUGCUAUGAAAAUGGAAAUUUAUCCAUGGAGGUGAAUGGUGAUGAACCAUUGGUAUCACAUUCAUUUCAAUUGACAACAUUGCUUAUGCUGUUGCCAGGGUUGUUCUUACUUUUAAUUCUACUUUUGCUAAUGCAUCUUACACAACAAUUUCAUUUCACUUUUCUGCAAUAGUCCUGUUCAUUUCAAUUUCAAACUGUUGAACAUUUUGUUUAAUGUGGUAAGAAACACUUGAGUACCAUAACCUGUUCCCGUUAUUUUUAGUACUAUCAUUUUUAAA